AAAAGUUUGGCUGUUGUACGGUGUACCGGUUAUCAUUUCUGUAACGAUUCAAUCCUUAAUCGCACAAAGCGAAACGCGCCCACUGAAGUCUAGUGCUAAGUAUUGAAUUUUCCAGGGUAACGGACGUCUGACGAAGCGGCUUCUAGCCCAGUGGAUCAUAUAUGUCAUGUAUGAAAGGUUUGGAAGGGUCAGGAAAAGGAACAGACGAGGCUGUGUGUAUUCGCGCCCGAAGACCAUCUGGCCAGCGGUUGCUACCAUUUGUGUUGCCAGCUCAUGCUUCCGUUCAAAGAUGGAGGAUCUUGAGAUGUAUUCAGACAAUUUGCUUUUUAACAAACGUCAGCUGGGACCAAUCGGCCAAUACACAGUUGAGGAGCGGCACCACAUUCAGUUUAAAAGGAAUGAAUGAGACAUGACCACACCAUAUGUGAUUGCACUGGUGAUUGCCAAAUUUCUACAUACCUUUGGUUUAUUUGUGACUUAUGAGCAGCUUAAAAUCUUCCAUGUUGUCCAGUUCCUAUUUAUUGUCAAGCUUUGCACAACUAUCGUUCUUGUAAUAUUACAAAGGCCUGUAUCAUCAGGAAAGAAAAUUACUCCAAAUCAGUGGUACAAAAUUGGCAAGCAUGCUUUAGUGUCAACAGUAAUAGGCCUGAUAUGGCUUGAAGGUCUAACACUCUGUGGUGCUUUGAGAACUGUUUUGUUAUUUGAGCACAGUGAUGUGGUGGUGUUGGCAGCAUUAGGAGUACUUUUUCAUUCUGGUGGCACUGGCCCAUCAAAGGUCCGAGGAUCUGUGUUAUUUCUCUUAGGAAUUUUGUGCCUUCUGUUGUUUGAUAAUGAUUCUCCAAGUUUGAGUCACCCGGAGGGUCAUCAUAAAAGCCAGUGGAUUCACUGGUAUUACUUGGGAUUAUCUUGGCUUGGGUUGCCUGACCACAAGGGUGGACUUAUUCUGCUAGUUCUUGUUCUUUUAUUUAAAAUUGCUCACAAGAAUGUUUCAAGAACCCUAGCAGUUGAAGUUGGAGGUGGAAAGAGACUUGCUGCACUUUCCAGUUGUAUAUCUACCGUGUUUCUGCUUCCACUUGCUUUGUUAUCAUAUUUUACUCAGACAACGGACAUUGACUUGCUUGAAGCAUUGAUCCCUUUGGCUGUAGUUAUUUUCCUUGUGUUUAUCUUUGACUUUUACAUUGAGUCCUUCUGUUUGGCAAAACUUGAGUCACCGAGGACAGGCAAGAUAGGCUCCAUAGCCUCAUUUUUAUCUGCCAUGGUUAUUGCAUUGUUGUGGGAUAAACCCUGGGCAUGGAGCAUGCAUGAAUGGCAUCAUGGCAAACCAUCAGACCCACAUCUGGUAUCUGCGGGAACAUUUUUCAGUGCUUUCUUCUUUGUGCUGGCCACAAGGUUGUUGUCAAGACCAUCACCUCGUAUGACUAAAGGAAAUCUGAUUGGCUACACUACUGGUGGCCUGCCAAUCUAUAACUUCCAGACUCCACAGUCCGUGUUAACAACGGUACAAAGUCUUUUGAGGCAGAUUGUGGAGCAGUCAGAAUCCAGGCAGAUUUUCUAUUUCUUGUGCCUCAAUCUGCUUUUCACAGGUAUCGAGCUGCUCUAUGGUGUCUGGACCAAUAGCCUUGGCCUCAUCUCUGAUGGUUUUCACAUGCUAUUUGACUGUACUGCGCUCGUGAUCGGACUCUGUGCAGCUCUCAUGGCCAGAUGGAAGGCUUCCAGAACAUUUUCUUAUGGUUAUGGCCGCGUGGAGAUUUUAUCAGGCUUUGUGAAUGGUAUUUUCUUGGUGGUAAUUUCCUUCUUUGUUUUCCUGGCUGCCAUUCAACGCUUGUUUGAUCCUCCAAAAGUCAACACUAACCGAUUAUUAGUCGUGUCUGUUGGAGGCCUUCUGGUGAACUUAGUGGGUAUCUUUGCCUUCAGACAUGCGCACUCACACGGUGGUAGCUCGCACGGUCACGGUAGCCAUGGUCACAGUCACCAUGGUCACAGUCAUGGACACGGCCACGCCCAUGAUGAUCACCACGAUCGCAGUGUGAACAUGCAAGGAGUUUUUCUACAUGUUGUGGCUGAUACCAUGGGCAGUGUAGGAGUCAUAGUAUCAUCUAUACUGAUCGAACACUUUGGAUUCUUCAUCGCUGAUCCGCUGUGUUCGUUAUUCAUCGCUGUUUUAAUCUUUCUUAGUGUUCUUCCAUUGCUUCAGGAGUCCUCUCAAGUGUUACUACUUAGAACACCUACUGACUUAGAGAAAACAUUAGGAAGCACUUUUAAUAAGAUUUUAUCACUGGAUGGCGUUUUGUCAUACCGGGAUCCUCAUUUCUGGAGACACUCAUCUGACGCAAUUGUCGGUGCUAUUCAUGUGCAGGUAGCACCCUCAGCAAAUGAACAGAGAAUUAUUCAACAGGUUAGUGCACUUUUUAAGGAAUACGGAAUCAAUAAAUUCAGCGUUCAAGUUGAAAAAGAGGCUUUCUUUCAUCAUAUGUCUGCUCUGUCUGCCGGAUACAAGUCUGUGUUAGCUCUGAAGCAAGGCGCCGAUAUGGGAUUAUCUUCUGUGGCAGGAGAAUUCGACUAUGGCCUUAUAAAAGCUGUAUGACCCCACGAACUUAACUAGGGAGUUGGCGAAUUUUAUAAUUUGUAAAAUACUGUUUAUUUAUUUCCGUCAAGUGAAGUAUCAUUAACUCCACAUCUCGAGGUUGAUAUGUCACAGCAUUGAUGAGAUCGUAUUCUAUAAAUAAACUCCUGUAAAAUAGAUCCUAUAUCAAGAGAGAUGCGAAGUGUAAUUUAGGUGAGGUGAGUGCAGAAAACCCAAUAAAACAACAGCCAUUAAAAAGA